AUGUCAUUACCGUGGUACUACCUGGAGCACGCAACGCGACGCCAAUUGUUAAAAGCGUACUACUGGACGUGCUUUCUCGCGUACCCUGCCUACGUCGCCGUCAACUACCAGAGGGCCAUCCCCACCAAACAACAGGUGCUCGGCACGCGGAACCUGAAGGAGUACGUGGCCCCCGCCGAGUUCAAGCCGCACCCCCAGGAUUUCACGCCGAAGAAGCUGUACAGGGAGGAGGGCGACGCGAAA